CAACGAUUCUGCGCGUUGGAAGUCGUCAACACUGCAAUGUCUCAGUAGCAGGCAGCUGCAAUAACAUAGCGGCUGCACGCCCACUGCAGUUUCAACUAGCAAACACUGGAGGAAAGGAAAAGAUCAUAAUGGCGGCAGUGUAUUCCCCACUGGACCCAGAUCUAAUGAGGGAGGUUCUUGAAUGCCCUAUCUGUCUAGAGACCUACAAUCAAGAACAACUGCGACCCAAACUCCUGCAGUGUGGCCACACAGUAUGUCGCCUAUGUCUAGAGAAAUUGUUGGCCAAUACCAUCAAUGGUGUACGCUGUCCAUUCUGCAGUAAGGUCUCCCGGAUGAGCAGCAUCUCACAACUGGCAGAUAAUCUCACUGUGCUCAAGAUUAUAGAUUGCACUAUGUCCUGCAGUGCUGCAGCUGCUGCACUAAUGUGCAAGUCCUGCUGCAACCGCCUACCAAGACAGUUCUGCCACGACUGUGCAACAGUACUUUGUGAGCUCUGUAAAGGGGAGGGUCACCUGCAAGAAGGCCAUUCAGUCCAGCCAAUAAGGGUGGCUGCUGAGCAGCGGCGUAAAGAACUGGGUGGUAAGCUUGUUGCUCUCCGUGAUGUUAUGGGAGAAAUUCAGAAGAAAAAGACAGCAAUUGAAAACAUUUCCAAGUCCUUGAGGCAAAAAUACCGGUCAGUUCAGCAGGAAUAUACCACAGCUGAGCUACGUUUUCAGGAGGAGCUCAGCAGAUCUCGAAGGACAUUUGCAGCCUCCAUGGGAGAAGUGGAAAAGUUAAAUGCACAGGUCCUGGAGGAGCAGACAUACCUUCUGAAUAUUGCAGAGGUUAAAGUGGUGUCACGCUGCGAUUAUCUGACUAUGCGAGUGAGGCAGAGUGAUAUUUCCUUGCUAAAAGAUGAUGGUGCAGGCAGUGAUGAUGAGGAGCUGGAUCUGAGGAGCAGUUUACCCACACAAUUCCAGCUGCAAGAGCCAGCGCUGAUCAGAAGAGAGCGCUCUAAACCUGUAGAAGUGGGUCAUUUGAUCACAAACUCAUACAUGGUCAAUACAGAUGAUGAGGAGGGUGGUUUGGAGAUUGGGAUUGAGGGUGAUGUAGAAGGUGUAGCUGGGGCAGUAGGCGGUACAGGUGGUGCUGUGGGGGUUCCAGUGGAUCUUUAUCAAGACAUUGACAUGGUUUCAGCUGUAGAAGAGGCAGUAUGUGGUUCACCAGGCAACUUUAAAUCAAAAUCCAUGGAUGCAGGAGGGGGAUCACCUGCUGGGGCAAGUUCAGGGCCCCCAGUCUGCCAGUUUGUAAAGAAGAUGGGCUGUAAGGGAUCUUUACCUGGCAUGUUUAAUUUACCAGUCAGCAUCUGCAUAACACCACAAGGUGAGGUACUGGUGGCUGAUCGUGGCAACUACCGUGUCCAGAUUUUUAACCGCAAAGGUUUUCAGCGUGAAAUUCGACGCAAUGCCAGUAGCAUUGACAAUUUCGUCUUGAGCUUCCUUGGGGCUGACUUGCCUAACCUAAUGCCCUUAUCCAUUGCUGUGACUCCACAAGGCCUGAUUGGUGUCACUGACAACUUUGAUAACUCAGUUAAAGUCUAUACCAUGGAUGGACACUGUGUGGCUUGCCACAAGAACCAGCUGAUUAAACCUUGGGGCAUUACUGCCAUGCCAUCAGGACAGUUUGUGGUGACAGAUGUUGAAGGGGGCAAGCUGUGGUGUCUUGCAGUGGACCGCAACGUAGGUGUGGUCAGCUACAACCGGUUGUGCUCUGCAGUCCGGCCAAAGUUUGUAACAUGUGAUGCAGCUGGAACAGUCUAUUUCACUCAGGGGCUGGCCCUGAACUUUGAGAAACGCCAGAAUGAGCCCCACCUGGAGGGUGGCUUCUCCAUUGGCUCUGUGGGCACCGAUGGUCAGCUUGGCAAGCAGCUCAGCCAUUUCUUCUCAGAGUCAGAGGACUUCCGCUGCAUUACUGGUAUGUGUGUGGAUGCCAAUGGGGAUUUGCUGGUUACAGACAGUGGUAGGAAAGAAAUUCUCCAGUUUCCCAAAGAAGGUGGAUUUAAUAUUCUAAUUCAAGAGGGUCUGACCUGCCCUGUUGGAGUGGCCACCACCCAGAAAGGACAGUUGCUGGUGCUUGAUUGUUGGGACCACUGUGUCAAAGUCUACACAUAUAUUCAAAAGAGGCAUUCCUCCACUUCCUAGGGGAACUGUCUGAUCUCAUCUCCUAUUAACAUGAGAGGUUUGGUGUAUUUUGGUAGGUCUGUAUGGAUGUUUUGGAAGUGAAGAUCUAUACUGUUGUCACUUUAGUUAAGCUGCAAUCUAGACAAGUCUCACUCUAGCUGUCACUGGGUUAUCAGAAGAAUGAUAAGUUAAAUUGGCUUUAAAACCUACUGGAUUUUAACUUAGUAACUCAGAUUUAAUCUGGUUAUUUAACUGAAUCACAACAGACCUUGUGACAUUUUUAGAUCAAACUUACUGGCAAGUGGUCCCACAACCAUUAGGAGAAGAAGCCAAUGAUCUCAAAACUUUGAGGCACAAACUAAAGAUAAUAUUGCCUCCUCUGUUACUAGCUGCUAUAGCCACCUUUCAUUUUCAAUCUGACUAUGCGUGAUGCAUGACUUUUACAAAUUUGGCUCAGCUGUGCACAAAAAAAAAAAGGAAGCUGGAAAUUAACUUAUAUUGAUGUAUGAAAUAAAAUAUGCCAAGGCUUUCGGCCUGUGAAGCACUUUAUUAUUGACACUUCACUGUGUCGUAGCAUUAGGUUUUAGUAGCACACAGUAACAUUAAUAAUGCUGAAUGCAGCUGGCAACUUUAAAGUGAACUUAAGUUUUAGCUAAUGGCAAAAAGUAACCAAGAACCAGCAUUUGUUAAUUCACAUUCAGGGAACAUUACAUGCAGAAUAUUAAGUUAUCUACAGAAGAGUGUGUUAAAUUACUAAAACUGAAGUGAAUAUGGUGCGAUGCAGGUAUGGCUCUUACAUGAAGGUCCAUGGAUUUAGAUUUUGUAAAAGCAUUGCAGUCAUCAUUUACAUAGCUCUGUAGUGAGUGAAAGGAAAGUAUUUUUCUAUUAGUUCUAUUAAGACCAUUUAAGGAUAGCUGAGUUAAUAUAAUCAGAAGUAGCUUUAAUAGUUUCUGUUUCAAAGACCACAUUGUUAGUUUAUUUUCUACUUAUUAACUCUGCCCUGUGUCUGCAUGUUCAGUUCCAAUGUAAGAAGAAAAAAAAAUCAGGAACUCACAAUUUUGACCUGAAUUAACCUCAAUUUCAGAUCUUUUUAUUUAAGUUUUUGUUUUCUUUUUGGUUAAUGUACAUGCCUGACAUUCGUGAGGAGCAGUUAUUGCCUACAGCAUACACAUGAGCCUUCUCUUUGGUUUUGGUUCUGCUUCUCAGACUGAACUGUAUUCAUUAUGACCACAGGAGCAACUUUAUUGUCCGGUGAGUCUUUAAAUGUUUAAGGAUUUGAUCUUCCUGUUCCUCAGCAGCUUUAUGUUCAGCUAUAUCAUGCAAGGUUUUUGUUCCAGCAGAGCCAACACUUAGUACUUCCAGCACCCAAAUGACAUGAACUUUUACAGUACAGCCAGGAUAUGUAGUACAGAUCUGGAUGAGUGGCUCAGCAAGGUUACUUCAGGUUCAGUAUUGGGAUUUUCAUUGUUGCAAAAGUGGUUUUUCUCUUCUAACAGGGUCAAUUGUUAUGGUAACUUGUGCUGGAAAACUUUACUCCAAGAUGCAAGAUCUACAUCCUUCAUGAGCAAAAUAUUAAUGCCAAGAUAACAAGAAGCCAGAGUUAAUCUGGAAAAAUAUGGCUAAAACUGUUUUACUAUCUACUCUCUUUUUUAUUAUUAUUUUUAUUUAACUUUACUUUUGUCUGUAUCUGGUUCAAAUAAACAUACUUUAUUUUAAGUCCCUGUAUUUAGGAUUUUUUUUUCACAUUUUGUCCUUCCUGUCAGAAUCAUGUGACUUAAGAUCCAUGUCAUGUGGUGUCAACACUGCCUCCUUUUACAAUAAUGUGCCCACAUCCAGUGCAUCAUUUGUCAUGACACAGCUUGGUGUGGUCUCAGUUUGAGUUUUAAACCAGAUAACCAAAAGUUGCCCUGCAUAUGAUAAACCUGCAUUGUUGUACAGACCUCUACAACCCAACUAAUGUUUACAAAUUUAAUUCCAGACAAGAAGCUCCAUGCCAUUUCCAGCUGUGUCCUUAUAUCUGCUGAAAUGUUAGAUGAUAGUUAGAUCGCAGCUUGCAGUAGUGUGAAGAGUUAGCAGCAAUGAUAAGUUAAAACUCCAGCAUCACACCUCAAGCUUUUGUUAAACCAAAACAGUUUGUUAGCACAAUGCAGAAAUGUGUCCCACAGGAUUUUAUUCAGUACUUUCAACCCGAGUUUUCCCAUGUUGCGUUGUCAGCAUCCAUAUAGUGUUGGUGAAUAUAGUUCGCAUAAAACUUCUGUCAGUAUGCUUUUUUUUUUUCAUUUGUUGUCAAUGAGGCAUAAAAAAAUACAAUAAUACACUUGUAAUAAAAAAAAUUGCUUAAAUGAACAAUAAAGUUUAACAUAGGAAGUCCUAUUUCAAUAUUGUAUGCAACAUAUUUUAUGCCCAUAACAGUAAAUCAGUGUCUUCCAGUUUAGUCUGGGUUUGCUCAUCAGAGCAUAUUACAUACUGAUUCAGCCUUAAAAUGAAUCGUUUCACAAAGAUGUCCUUAACUUUGUAUCUGGAGCUCUAUUUACUAGAAGAGGAACAAAAAGCAUAUCUGAGAUUCAAACUGUAUAAACGUGUUUAACACUCUGCAGAAAUGAAGAGAUCAGAAACUCCAGUAUCAGUUCAAGUCUAUCAUAGGCAUAUUUUUUUUUUUUUUUUUGGUUUUGGUUUUGGUGAUAGAUUUUAGUUUAUUUUCAUUGUUAGGCCAUGCAGUAUCUCAACACUAAAUACAUUGUCAUCCUUACCAUUGAAAUAGUUUUUUAGUGAUCAGUAGAUAUAGUCACUACAAGAGAAUUUUCAAGACUUUUAACCAUUACUGAAAAAUGCAUAGAAUGCUAGAAAAAUCCAAGUGUCCUUGUGUCAGUGUGGUGAACUUUCAAGUGUCUCAUGUAAAAAUAUGUUUUGUUGUAUUUCAUUCAAGAUAGAGGUCAUUCAUAUUACUGAGUUUAUUUCAUGUUUAUUUUUGUUUUUCAAUGAACCAAACUCUUGUAUCUCUUAGGUUUUUUUGGAGACUGGAGAUGUCUUAAAGCAGGGGUGCCCGGCUCCGGUCACCGAGGGCCACGAUCCUGCAGGAUUUCGAUGUGUCCCUGCUCCAAAUCCACCUGACUCAAAUUAAUGAGUAACUGUGCAAAACUUAAUAGGCUGUUGGAUCCAUUUCAUUUGAGUCAGGUGUGUCGAAGCAGGAAACAUUGAAAACUUGCAGGACAGCGACCCUCGAGGACCGACUUUGGACACCCCUGUCAUAAUGUGUUGAACGUGUUAAGCGAUCUCUGUACUCAAAUUCAUGUUUGUGUUGUUGAUAAUCUGAGUGCAAUAAACAUAAACGAACCAAA